AUGUCUGAAUCGAGUAAGUUAACUUCAAGAUCACAUGUCUCAACGAUCGAAUGGGAUAUGAUGGACAAGACAAAGUUCUUGCCAUUGAGUAUGUUAAGCUCGUUUUGUGUUCGCUGUACUCUCUAUCCAUUGACUUUAAUUAAAACAAGACUUCAAAUCCAAAAACAUGGAGAAAUGUAUAAAGGUUUGCUGGAUGCGGCUAAUCGUAUUUAUCAUACAGAGGGUAUGUCAGGACUUUAUCGUGGUUUUUGGGUAAGUUCUGCCCAAGUAUUUUCUGGUGCAGCUUACAUUGGCGCAUACGAACAAACUAGACAUAUGACAGCUCCAUACUUACAACAAUGGCCUGAAAUUAGAUCAAUGGUUGCGGGAGGUGUGGCAUCUGUUUUUGGCCAAACAAUAAUUGUACCUUUUGAUGUGGUCAGUCAACAUUUAAUGAUGCUCGGUUUGUCAACUAAUAAUACAAACAAAAAUAAAAUAAUAUAUUUUCGUCCACUGGGUAUUCAUUUGGACAUUUCAAAAUCAAAAUUUCGUACCACAUUAGAUAUUGCUCAAUGUGUUUAUCAACAAGACGGUUUUAAAGGAUUUUACAGAGGUUAUAUAGCCUCAGUUUGCACUUAUGCACCAAAUAGUGCUUUAUGGUGGAGUUUUUAUACAAUAUUUCAAGAUCAACUUGAAAAAAGGUGUCCAGUAAGCACUUCACUUUUAUUUUUGCAAAGCAUUUCAGGAGUAUUAGCUGGUUUCACUACCACUAUGAUAACAAACCCCAUGGAUACAAUAAGAGCACGAUUACAGGUUCAAAGAACAAACUCUAUUGUUGGUACAUUCAAUGCCUUAUGGAAAGAAGAGGGCAUGUUAAUGUUCAGUAAAGGACUUUCUGCCAGAUUGGUCCAGUCAAUUUGUUUUAGUUUUACAAUUAUUUUAGGUUAUGAGAGCAUCAAAAGAGUUAGCGUACUUCAUGAGUACAAAGAUCAUGUACGAUGGUAAUAUGAAUCAUACAGAUCAGUAAGUAAUCUUACUGUGAAAUUUUUUUUAUUGUUUUUAUUUUUUUAAAGGAGUACAUGCCACAAAAAAUAAGCUUAUGUAGAUUAAAGUAUAUUUUAUUUAAAAUAGCUAUGUGACUAUAUAACAGUCUAUCCAAACUUAAAGUGCGAUUGCUUCAUACAUCAAUUUAACUAACAUCACAAAAUAAUAUAUUUUUAAUUAUCAUAAAUCAGAUUUUACUAAAAUGUAUUUGUAUUACGUUAAAUAAAUGUUGAAUCAUAGUUUUAAGAAAAAAUAAUGUGUGCAGUGUGCUCCUUUAAU